AGCCAUGUCAUCCUUUCAAGAAGUUCCAUCUUCAGCUAAUGCUUUGCAGACAUCCAAUUUUGCACAUGUGAUUUUUCAAAAUGUGGCAAAAAGUUAUCUUCCAAACGCGCACCUUGAAUGUCACUAUACACUGACCCAGUAUAUCCAUCCUCAUCAGAAGGACUGGGUUGGCAUUUUCAAGGUUGGCUGGAGUACUUCAAGAGAUUAUUACACGUUUGUUUGGUCACCUAUGCCAGAAAAUUAUGUGGAAGGAUCGACUGUUAAUUGUGUGCUGGUAUUUCAAGGAUAUUAUCUGCCAAAUGAUGAUGGGGAAUUUUACCAGUUCUGUUACGUGACGCAUAAAGGCGAGAUCCGUGGAGCAAGUACUCCCUUUCAGUUUCGGACCUCGUCCCCUGUUGAAGAGUUGCUCACUAUGGAAGAUGAAGGAAACUCUGAUAUGUUAGUGGUGACGACAAAAGCUGGACUACUCGAGUUUAAAAUUGAAAAAAUAAUAAAAGAAAAAGAAGAGCUAUUAAAGGUAACUGCUGUUCUGGAAAAGGAAACUGCACAACUCAGAGAUGAAGUUGAAAGACUGGAAAAAGAACUUAACCAUGAAAAACAGAGAUGUGAGCAACUGCAAACAGAGCAAAAGACUAAUAUUCAAACAUCAGAAGCUCUUAAGACUGAAAAUGAUGAUCUGAAAAAGAAGCAUGAUGAGGCUGCUUCAAAAGUUCUCCAGCUUGAAGAAGAUAUCAUGACUGUUACACAAAAAGCCAUUGCAAAAGAAACAGAGCUAGACAGUCUGAAGGACAAACUGAAGAAAGUAAGCCUUGAGAAGGAGCAGCUUGAAUGUGUGUUAAAGACUGAAAAGGAUGAAAAAGAACUUUAUAAGAUACACUUGAAGAAUACAGAAAUAGAAAACACCAAACUAGUGAAAGAGAUCCAGAUGCUUAAGAAUUCAGAUGCAAACAAAGAAAACAUGAUAACGUAUUAUAAAGAGGAGGUUGGCAGAUUACAGCUAUUUGUAGCAGAGAAAGAAAAUAUGAAGAAAGCUUUUUUGCUCUCCUCAUCUAACAAGGAGGAUGCAAGUAUUUUGAAAGAACAGCUUCGAAAAGCUGAAGAUCAGAUCCAGGCUAGUAAACAAGAAGCUGUCCUAAUGUCAAAAGAGCUGAGUGACGCAGUAAACGUGCGAGAUAAGACGAUGGCAGAUCUUCAUAGUGCUCGUCUUGAGAACGAGAAGCUGAAAAAGCAGCUUGCUGAUGCUUUAGAUGAAAUCAAGAAGAUCACAACUGUGAAAAAUGAACAGGAAACUUCCAGCACAGUGGAGCAUGAGCUGCGCAGAGAAGUUGAAGAUCUGAAGCUUCGCCUGCAAAUGGCUGCUGACCAUUACAAGGAGAAAUUCAAAGAGUGUCAAAAACUUCAAAAACAAGUGAACAAAUUUACAGAACAGGCAAAAAUUGCAGGAAAUCCACAGAAACUGACAGAUGCACCCAACAUUCAGACAGCUUCUGCCAUCAUGACAGACAAAAAGUCUGCAUCUCCAGUUAGCCCCAUUUCAUCUGAUAUAGUUUCGGAAUUCGUGGUAAAGGAGCAAGUACGUGAGAUGAAUAAAGAAAUUGCUGAGAAAACAGAAAAAUAUAAGAAAUGCAAGCAAAUGUUGGCAGAUGAGAAGAUGAAAUGCAGUGUUUAUGCUGAUGAACUAGCUAAACUGGAGCUGAAGUGGAAAGAACAGGUGAAAAUCAAUGAGGGUAUGAAAUUACAUCUAGCAGCAAUGGAGGAUCAGUAUAAAGUUCAGCUGGCAGAAAAAGAAAGACAAAUAAAGGAGCUGACAUCGCAUUUGGAACUCUUUACCAGUGAAAAGGAACUUGGCAGGGCGCCAGGGAAUCAAAAUGGAAGGAUGAUGGAAGGACACAUUUCACAACAGACAUUACAUUUUCGCAAUCCGUAUUCGGAGGAAAACGGACCAAUUCCUGCAGUGCCUAGUAGAUUGCCAGUAUUGCAAUAUGGAAACCCGUAUGCAAUUCAGGAAAGGAGAGAUGGAGCAGAUGGGGCUUUUAAUCCCGAUGAGAUCCAAAGACCACCAGUGAGAACUUCGUUUUGGGAACUGGAGGAUGAUGUGGUCUGCAGUCAGCCUUCACGCAACCUUAGCCGGCCUGAUGGUUUGGAAGAUCCUGAGGACAGCAACGAUGAUGACAACACCGUGCCCUCUGCUCCUGAUCCUCCGAGUCUCCUUCUGCAUGAACGUGGAACAGGUUUUUGCUUUGACUCCAGUUUUGACUUGCACAAGAAGUGCCCUCUCUGUGACGUGAUGUUCCCGCCCAACUACGACCAGAGCAAGUUUGAGGAGCACGUCGAGAGCCACUGGAAGGUCUGCCCCAUGUGCAGCGAGCAGUUCCCGCCCGACUACGAUCAGCAGGGAUUUGAGAGGCACGUGCAGACUCACUUCGAUCAGAAUGUUUUAAAUUUUGAUUAAAUACUUUGUUUUGCAGUGUAGCUUAAAAAGAAGCACCUUCAAAUGAGUAGUCCACCUGUAGAACAAAAACAGUGCAGCCUGCCUGGAACAAGGCAGACUUGGGAUUAAAGCUCUUGCACCUCACGGAGCCGUG